AUGGCUGAAUCAUCUUGCUGUGGCUGGGGGGGGAAAGGACCCAAAACGGCGGCAGAUUACAUGUACGACUCGGACAGUCCGCGAAGACCGAACCCACCACCAGCAUUCCACGGAGCCCCACCGAACCCAGGUGCUAUGGUUUCCAUGGCACAGCACGGAGGCCCACAAAACCCAGGUGCAAUGGUUUCCAUGGCACAGCACGGAGGCCCACAAAACCCAGGUGCAAUUGUUUCCAUGGCACAGCACGGAGGUCCACAAAACCCAGCUGCAAUGGCUGCCAUGGGACACCAUGGAGCUUCACCAUACCCAGGUGCAGCCCCCGGACCUUACGGUGCUGCAAUGCCACAACACCCAGGGGGUAUGGCUAUGACCCCGUACAAGGCACCAUACGCAGACACGACGAGCUUUUCAGGACCCCGCGACAGAUCUAAUGAGCCAAAUUAUUCAGUUCGUGCGAUUUCACCAGAGCACGACGGCUCGCAUGAGGCUUUUCAAACAGUCAUGGGCCACGCCGGACAAUACUCACAGGACCCUUAUGCGCGUGUAAAUACACUUAGAACCGGACGUAUGUGA